CGCGCUGCAGCUCCCGGCAGGUUUCGCUCCGCAGCCGGGACCCCCCAGUUGGUGCCCGAGAGAGCAUCGCCCCCCGGGCUGGGCUGUGCCCCCGCUGCAGAACAGGUUUGAUGUGACCCCCCCACCACUGAAAACCCUGGAAGUGCCUCGACAGAAGCCACAGCUUGAACCAAAAUUCAGCUUUAUUGACUCAUUGGAGGAUCCAUCCAGGUGCCCUGAGUGCAGGAGAGCUUUUGGUCAUGGCUCAACCUUGGUGAAACAUCAUCCAAUCCAUGUUGGAGACCUUGCUGUUGGUGAGGAAGCCAGGAAAGGGUCAGGAUCCUACCAGCCCAUCUCCAAUCAUCCACAGAGGCAAAUGGCCCUAUAGGUGUUCCCCUGUUGGAGUCACCUCGUGUCUGGUCCCACGGUGACACUCGUGUCCCGGUGCCAUGUCCUACAACUGCCACCACUGUGGGAAAACUUUUAACAGGAGAUCAAAUUUCACCCAGCACCAGCGAAUCCACACAGAGGAGAGACCCUUCAGGUGUCUGGAGUGCGGGAAGGGUUUUACUCACAACUUUUAUUUAACCCGGCACCAGCGAAUGCACAGAGGGGAGAAACCCUUCAGGUGCCUGGAGUGUGGGAAGAGCUUUGCCAGAAGCACUGAGCUCAUUGAGCAUCAACGCAUCCACACAGGAGAGAAACCCUACAUGUGUCCCCAUUGCCAGAAGAGCUUCAGACACAGGUCCAACUUGAGGGAACAUCAACGGCUCCAUAGAGAUGACCAACCCUGUAGCUACUUUCUGGGUGAGAAUAGGUCCGAUGACUGCCAGCACUGCAGGCAAGAUUUUCUCAGCAGAUCAUCUAUAACUAAAACCCAGGAACUCCAAAUGGUUGAGAGACCCUACAAGUGUCUGGACUGUGGGAAGAGUUUUCUUAACAAAUCCAACUUAACCCAGCACCAGCAAAUCCACACAGGCGAGAGACCCUUCAGGUGUCUGGAGUGUGGGAAGAGUUACCUCCACAAAUACCAAUUAACCCGGCACCAGCGAAUCCACACGGGUGAACGUCCCUACACGUGUCCUGACUGUGGGAAGAGCUUUGCCUGGAACUCUUUGCUCAUCAGCCAUAGACGAAUCCACACAGGAGAGAAACCCUACACGUGUCCCCAGUGCCAGAAGAGCUUCAGACAUAGCUCCAACUUGCGGCAACAUCAACGGCUCCACACAGAUGACCGACCCUACACGUGUCUGGAGUGUGGGAAGAGCUUUGCUGACAAGUCCUCAUUAAACAAACACCACCAGACUCACACAGAUGAGAGACCCUACAUGUGUCUGGAGUGUGGGAAGAGCUUCCGUAGCAGCAGCACUUGGAUGUGUCACCAACAUAUCCAUAAGGGAGAAAAACCCUACGUGUGUCCCAAAUGCAGGAAGAAGUUUACGAGCAGCUCAAACCUCAACUGUCACCUCCGGGUCCACACGGGAGAGAAGCCCUACACGUGUCCUGACUGUGAGAAGAGCUUUGCCACGAGAUCAACGCUCAUCAGCCAUCAACGCAUCCACACAGGGGAGAAACCCUACACGUGUCCCCAGUGCCAGAAGAGCUUCAGUCACAGCUCCAACUUGCGGAAACAUCAACAGCUCCAUAGAGGUGAAUGACGAUACAGAUGACCGACCCUAUAGCUGCUCCCAGGGUGAGAAGGGGUCCUAUGACUGCCACCACUGCAGGAAAGAUUUUCU